AUUAAGAUACAUUUGGUAGCUAGCUAGCUAAAUUUGUCAUAACACCGUAAUUGAAAACGUAAUGAUGUUUGUAUUGGAGCUAAUUUAUCGACCUAGCCCGUGUUUCGAGAGGCUUACCUGCGAUAAGUUGCAAGCAUCGAUGAAAACAAUACUGGAUGAAUGGCAAGAUCAUUUAUUAAUCAAUAUCAGCACUGGACUUGCAAUAGCCGGAAUAAUUAUUCUAGCAAGAAGUAUCAGACUGAUCACAAAGUUUGGUACUGCAUCUGAAAUCCCAGCCAGGUUCAUUGAGAGGAACGUGAGUUUGAGAGGGAGAGUUCACAGAGUGACGGAGAGCGGGCUGGAAGUGGAACACGUCCCAAUUAACAUCCCCAUACUCUCUGCCCUGCUGAAGAAAAGGCGGUCGGACGCCCUGUUGGAUGUGCGCCUGGCUGGAGUGGAGCUGACAGAGGAGGGACGGGCAUGGCUGGGGCAGCAGCUGAGACCCACAGAAACGGUGUGGCUCCGCCUCAUCAGACGAGAGGCCGAAGCCCUGGACUGCCUGGUGUCUGUGAGCAGGGGCACCAUAUUCAACACCUGCAUGAAUGAAGAGCUCCUGCGGCUUGGCCUGGGGAAGACGGUGCCCCUCCUGGGCCUCCACCACGAGUCCCGCCUCUACUGGGGGCUCCACAGGCGGCUGCUGAAGGCCGAGGUUCGGGCAGAAAAGAAAGGGAAGGGGCUCUGGAAGGAGAGGAGUCUGUGGCAAAGAGUGUCAGAGGCUGCAGACGGCAACGCAGCCGUCAGGCUUUUCAAAAGGCUUUUCGAACGGACUUAGAACCCAAAAUUGUUUACCCGUUUUUCUGGGCAUAAAAAAACUGAAACUUUAUCGUGUUGGCAGUCAAGGCAGUUACAUGCCAAAUCUCUGACAUUAUUUUUAUUUUCUUUUUUUUUCAUUUACACAUGUAAAUGUAUGUGAGUCAUAGACCAAAAUUGUUUGCAGACAUUAAUUUGGUAUCAUAUAAAAUCUGUUUGUUUGUAUCAAAAUCUUUUUUUUCUGAAAUUUCUGAUAACCCAUGACUCAGUAUACAAGGAUACAUUUUCAGCUGGGAGCAACAAUAACCUUUCUUCUUAAAUUAAUACAACAAACAUGACAGUACUUGGUGGCAAUUUGUACCCUGCACCUGAAAGGCCCAUUUGAAUAUAUGAUUGCAUUUAUUACUUCCAGGCAGUCUUAAUUAAUUUAUCUGCAUCAGUAUUAUACAUAUCAUUGUAAUCAUUUUGAAAUUCUUCACUGCAAUUUGUAUUCUAAUCACUGUGCCAAAGAAGCACAUAAAUGCCUUUAGUCCUCCCUUAUAAAAUUGUCUUUCCAGGGGCCCUGUUAAAUCUGACAGUGGUUUAAGAUUCCUUUCAAACCUGUAUCCGCAAAAAUCCUUCUGUUCCCCUUCCUCCUUGGAAGGGGCCAUGCAUUGUCACAGCAACAGGGCAAUGGGGGUCUGUGAGUGUCCCCACUGAGUCAGAGGACGGAGAUCAUGGUUGUCAUGGCAGCACCAAAUCCAAAAGACAAAGGCGUAUCAAAAGGUGAAACCCUAGAUGGGGUGGGGAGGCCCCAAGACUGGAGGAAUGAUAUAUACAAGAUGGGGGAGGUCUGAAAGAGAUUCUUCCGCCAGACACGACUAUGGACUUAGAUAAUCACAAUCAGAGAGAAAAUACAUGUUUACCUUAAUAACAACUGUCCAUAUUAGUAUUUAUAAAUAUUAUUUAAAAAAAUAAUAAUUCAAUUCUUGAAAUACUAGAAAAGACUCCAAGAAGGCCAUUGUGUAGAUCUCAAAGCAGAAAGAAUCGGUCUAAAUGGGUGCAAGGUUUUAAAAGCAAUGAACAAGGGGUAAGAAGCUUUCUGUCUUUGUUGUGCAAAUGUCACUAGCGGCUGAUGCAGCGCUUGUGCUCUCCUAUUGGAGGAGUGUUUGAAUUGAAAGGUAAAUUAAAAGCUGAUUACUGGCCCAGAGGGACUUUGAACUGACACUCAUUGCAGAAGGCGGUUGGAAGCAGGGAACUGUGGGAAGGAAACUGUGGACAGAAGUCGGCUCUAAAGCUGGGGACUUGAGCGGGAGCGGUGUGUGCGUGCAAGUGAUAGGCGACUUAUUGUUCAGCCAAGUUGCAGUUAUGCAAGAACCCAUUAAAAGUAGAAAAAUCUUAAUGUGUGCAUGAAUAACUACUGUUGACAUGGAUGCUAAUUCAGUUAAGUACAUGAAUUCAUUUUUUAAAUAAUCCAAUUUUUCUGUUCUAUUGGAAACUGAAAUUGUGUGUGUGUGUGUGUGUGUGUGUGCGUGUGUAUGUUAGUAAAAAUUGCUCUGUAGAUCUAUUCUUGCUUUUUGUAAGUUUCUUGCUUUCAAAUGCAUUUUUAGGAUGACUUCAAAGGAUUUUAUUUAUGCAACAGUCAAAUUUCUUUUGAAGAAAACUUUGGGGAGAACAUUUCACAAGGAAAUAUUUUUGGAGACAUUUGUUUUUUUGUUUUUUGUUUUUUUGUGAAUAUUUGGAAGCCAGGUUUCACCAGUGACAGUUUAUAGUGGGUAAAUGCCAGCUAGCAUGUCUGUUUAUUAGCAAUCUGCACAUUGGUAUUGCUAGACUUGAUACCAUUGAUGAAAUUGUUUGAUUGAGAUGGGGGAAAGGGACACAUUUCACUUGAGAGAAAGAAUUCAUUUGGGCAACAUUUUGGAUGGUAAUGGGGGGUAAUGGGAUGAAUGACCACUUCAAAUGACUUUCUAGAAUGCGCAUUUUUUCAUGGGUUUUCAAGCAUCCGUCUGUUAAAUUAGAUUGGCCUACAUGCCAAUUCCUUCUGACUGCAGAACGAGAGUAUCUUUCUUCAUUAUGUAAAAAAAGACUGGUGCGCAACUUCAUCAUAACGAUUAAGUGGUAUCUCGCCGCCUGAAAUAAUUCAGAGAAUGCUGAAAGCUUCGUUUUGUACACUAAUGGUGUUUUGAAAUUGUGAUGCAUUGCCCCAAGCGUCACCUCGUCUGGAAAGCUCCGAUCCUGGGAGUCCACCCGUAUCUUUACUCUAGCCACCCACCGCUGCCACCAGUCAGCAUUUGAAUGAGAGCUGGGUGAAGUUAGUGGCGGUAGUGACUUGAUCCUUAUUAGCGAAGGCUCCGUACUCUAUCUCUCUCAAACUGUCCGAGUUCAGGAAAUGUUUUGGUAUGUGGUGUACUUGCAACAAGGAAAGGACUGAAAUGUUUUCGUGAGAAAAAGUAUCUUCCAAGAAACAAAACUGCUGUAGGCUAUACAAAGUCGAAGUAAACACAAAAGUAAGUGUGACCUUUUGUUAUUACAAUCGCUGUAAGUAACAUCAAAUGUAAGAUUUUCGAUGUUCACGCUCGUUUUCGACUUUUUCAUCUUGUUAUUUAAUGUGCUCCAUGUGUAUCUAUGCAUGGCUUUUAGUUUCAACAAGUUUCAACAGCCUCGCGAAUGCGACAGGGUCUUGACUUUGUAUGCUGAGAAAAUAACGAAAUUUUGCACCUGUUCAAAGUUAGGUUGAAAGUCAGUCUUUGGAUAUCAGUUUAGACAUCAUUCACUUAAAUGUAUCUAAACAAGGAACUUUUUUUUCUUCAAAUUUAGCCAGUGUUUGUUUUGCAUUGCAUUUGUAACAUUAGAAGUAUGGACAUGUUUAGUAAUUUGCCACGGUAUAUGGGUUAAUUUGCUACAUUGCACUGUUUUAAUAGUGUUUCCGAAUGACACAAUAUUGUCAAGAUUUAUAUUUUUAUUAGUGUCUUGAUUAAAUCUGGUUAAAAGUUU